UCUGGGCGGAGGUGAGGGAACUGAGAGACAUGGUGGUGGAGCUUAAGGUGUUUGUGCAGCUGCUGCAGAGAGAGAACUCUGUCCAAGCCACAGACCUGAUAUCUUUGGAAACUAGACUGACUGCCGCCGAGAGCAAAACAAGUGACCUAGAAAAAGAGAAUGCAGACUUACAGACCAGACUGAGCAGCAGUGAGAGUGAACUUCUACUCAGCAAGUCCAGGAUUGACCAGCUGGAGAGAGAAAAUACAGAGAGACCAAAGGUGGCCUUUUACACAGCUCUGACUGAUGCAGGAACUCUUGGACCAUACAACACAGACAUCACACUGAAAUACAGCAAAGUCUUCACCAACAUUGGCAAUGCUUACAAUCCAGCUACAGGUUUCUUCACAGCACCAGUCAAAGGGGUCUACAAUCUCCAGUUCACUGUAUGUGGUAACCUUCAAGGUUAUAUGGGUGUGUAUGUGUACAAGAACAACCAGCGGAUCAUGUAUAAUGAUGAGCGGAAGGAAGAAGGAGGUGUUGAGUAUUUCACUAAGUCUGUUGUCUUGGAGCUGAUGGCAGGAGAUGAAAUUCACCUGGUUCUCCCAUCAAGCUAUUCUGUCUUUGGCAAUACAAAUAACCACAGCACCUUCAGUGGCUCUCUUCUCUUCACACUGUAAAGAUGUUGUUCAGGCUGAUGUGUGAUUGACUUGUCGCAAACUCUGUUGUUAUUGAAUACACUGUGAUUCUUUAGAAGACGCUGAUAUAUCUCUACACUGCUGCCUCCAAGACAAAUGUCUGUACAUUUACUUCAUGUAAUGUAUCAAUGUGGUUAUGUAUUCUACCCAUGGCUAUAGGCUACACUGGGAUUUACAGCAUGCAUUAAAUAAUGUGAAUCUGAA